AGAAUGAUGCAGAGGAGGUGAAACGUGCUGGUUAUCGUGUCCCGCUUUACAUAAAAACACACAGAUAGGAGGCAGGACUGAACAUUUGUUGCAGCAAACACGUCUGGACAAAACAAGACAAGACAAGACAAGAAGUUUUGGGGUUUAUUUUAUUGUAUUUUUUUGGAUACACAAAGGCUGCCACGGGUCACAAAUAACGGUUUUCUUUGCUCCCCAGCUGACUAUUUGCACAGAGGUGUGUGUUCGCAAGGAAUAACAGGCAGCUGAAACCAAGAGACGAAGAGUCACCUUCCUUCUUAAUAUCUUCGAUCAAGCAGAGGGAAACAUGGAGCGGAUGGGGGAAGAAAAGCCCAAGAAGAGGGUGACUGUUUACCUGCUCUACUGUGUGGCGACAGCAGUCUUUGGCUCGCUGCAGUUUGGCUACAACACCGGGGUCAUCAAUGCACCAGGGGAGAAAUUGCGAAGCUUUUUCCGGAAUGUGUCGAGCGAGAGGAACGGGGAGCCUCUCAGCGAUGGAGCCACCACCAUGGUGUUGAGUGUUGCUGUGGCCAUCUUCAGCGUGGGAGGCAUGAUCGGUUCUUUCUGUGUCGGAUUCAUGGUCAACAAAUUUGGAAGGCGUAAGUCCAUGCUGAUAAUUAACAUCCUGGCUCUCCUCGGAGGGGGUUCUAUGGGACUGUCAGCUGUGGCUCGAUCUUAUGAGAUGGUUGUUAUCGGCCGGUUUAUCAUCGGCGUGUUCUGUGGCCUGUGCACUGGGCUGACGCCCAUGUACGUGGGGGAGAUCUCGCCCACGGCUGUCCGAGGAGCCUUUGGCACCCUGCACCAGCUGGGUGUAGUUAUUGGCAUCCUGGUGGCUCAGAUCUUCGGUCUGGAGUCUCUGCUCGGCUCAGACACUCUGUGGCCUGUGCUGCUGGCUCUGACCAUCCUGCCAGCCAUCGUGCAGAGUAUCAUGCUGCCCUUCUGUCCCGAAAGCCCCCGUUACCUGCUCAUCAGCCUCAACCAGGAGGAGGAGGCAAGAAAAGCCCUGGUGCGUCUGCGCGGCACUGAAGAUGUGGAAGAAGACAUUCAGGAAAUGAAGGAGGAAGGGAUGAAGAUGGCCAUGGAAAAGAAAGUGACCAUCCCCGAACUCUUCCGCUCCCCCAACUACCGUCAGCCAAUCAUUAUCGCUAUCGUCCUCCAGCUCUCUCAGCAGCUGUCCGGCAUCAACGCCGUCUUUUACUACUCGACCGACAUAUUUAUCAAAGCUGGUGUCACUCAACCCAUCUUCGCCACCAUAGGAGCCGGAAUCGUGAACACAGUGUUUACGGUCGUCUCUCUCUUCCUGGUUGAACGGGCGGGACGAAGGACGUUGCACCUGAUUGGACUGGCUGGAAUGGCUGUCUGCGCCCUGCUCAUGACCAUCUCCCUGUCUUUGGCGACGACCAACCAGGCUCUUAGCUACCUGGCCAUCGUGGCCGUGUUCGGCUUUGUUGCCAGUUUUGAGAUGGGUCCAGGUCCCAUCCCCUGGUUCAUCGUGGCAGAGCUCUUCUCCCAGGGGCCCCGACCUGCCGCCAUGGCCAUCUCUGGUUUCUCCAACUGGACGGCCAACUUCUUGGUCGGGCUGGGCUUCCCUAAAUUAGCGGAACUGUGUGGUCCUUACGUCUUUAUCAUCUUCUUGAUCCUCCUCAUCUUUUUCUUCGUCUUCACCUUCCUGCGAGUGCCCGAGACCAAAGGAAGAACCUUUGAUGACAUCGCUCAGGGAUUCAGUGCCAGUGCAGCGAAAUCCCCACAGUCCCCGGGGCCUGAGGCGGUGGUCGUCGGCCUGCCAGAGAGCAAAGAUGUCCCACCCAUGUCCCCCACAGAAAAGGUUCCCAUGGUGGAUCUUCCAGAGAACCCAUGAGCAUCCUUCACAAGAGGAAGGAAAAGAGUACAAGACAGAUGACAGUUCCCAACCACUAAGAUAUUGAAAGGAGCAGUGGGGGGGUGUUUAGAAAAAGCCAACUCAGUGUGUCAAUGCAGAAAUACGAUUUUUAGUUUUUUAGUGUGCCUUUUUUAAAUUAAAUACAGUAUUUUUUUUUUUUAACACACUCAGCAGUUACAAGUGCUAAAAUAAUCCCAUGUAAUCCUCCUUUCAACACAGGCCAAACUUAACUGAAUUAACAGUACUAUCUGUAGACAAAACCAGUGCCAGCUUCAUGCCUACUGCCUUAUAAGCGGAUCAACAUACGUUCAGUAUUAGCCCGAGGUCCUCGGCUACCCCCAGUGUUAAAAGGUUACAGGAUUUGCGGGUUUUAUGUAUUGAGGUCAAGCUUGAAAAUCCGUUUUUGGAGCCCGGUAGUUUGACCCAAAAAAGGGCUGACUUGCUGCUCUGUCUGCCUGAAUGAGGUGCCUCGCUGCUUGGGGGGAAGGAGCUGAGUAGAUAGCUGACUGUGUAAAAAAUUAAUAUAUUUAAGCAUUUAGAAGAUGAGAAACAAUUCUUCUCAUCAUAGCACAACGUACCCUAUUAGCUGAGGAUCUUGCGUGUUGUUUGUCCCUGAGGAGCAGAGAGAAUAUACAGGCAGAGAGGUUGUUUAAUUUAAUAUGUUAGCCUAGUCUGCCUGACUCACUGAUCCUUUAUCUGACUGAUGUGCAAGUUUGCAUUGAUAAAUCCACAGCGUUUGUCUGUGAUGCCGAAGUAGCAGCUUUAAGAUGUUAUAAUUGCACCUUUUCAUUCUGCCUUUGACUCGAUAGAGAGCCGAAGUCACGGCCCUUCUGGUGGAGCUGAUUUGACCUUAUUUAGGAAAAGAAAUGCACAGUAGUCGAUAGAGACAAAAUACAUUUUUGAACCCGUUUAAAUUUGUGCUGUGAAUUACACAUAUGAUGUUUGUCGAUUUAAAAGGUAAUUUUGAAGGCAAGAAAGUCUCAGUUUGCCGUAGAGAUAAUAAGAUGCCAGCUGGUUUUGUGUGAAACCGCUCAAUGGACUACAUAGCCGUCAUCUCGGCACAGAAAAAGUAUUAGAAGGGUGUUUUUUCACAGUCUUAUACUUUAUUAGUUUUAUGAGAAAGUGUGACUUUCUUGAGUUGAAAAGCUAUCUUUCAAAUUGACACAAAUCAUAUGUGUGAUUUAUGGCACAAUUCAAACAGGAUCAAAAACAGACUUUUUUGCUCUUCCCAUUCAUUAGAGUACAUGCUUUUCUGAAAUGAGGUCCCAUUACGGUCCACCAGAAGGGGCAUGAUUUCUCCUCUCUGUAAUCUACAGAGUGGUGUCACCUUCAUGAUCAAAGUAACAGGCAGAAUCAUGUAGUCGGGGAAGAGUGAGCGGAUCAUAGACACACUGCCACGUUGAAUCUCAGCAUCUGGAAAUACAACCUCAGAUCAAGCCACCUCUUAAAAAAAAAAAGUUAUACAUGAGACAUGACUCUGAGGUUACCCCCCGUUACAACAUGAACGAAUCACUGACUGAUGAUGACGAAGUAACAACAAGGACAGCUCUGUAAAUUGUUACUGUCUGCUUCAAGUUUAUUGUUUGUAUGAUGUAGUUUAUCACUGCCAAGCCUUUUCAAAGGCCUUCUGCUCUACAGAACACAACCUAACCUCUUGUUUCGUAUGAUUUCAUUGCACACCUAGUACGACGGAGAAAAAAUGUUGUAGUGCAGUUGGACACAGACACUCAGGUGGCUUCUUGUGAUACACCGUAUCAUCGACUUCUAACUGAAAAUACAUUUAUCCAUCACUGUACUUGAAAGUCUAUUGACAACUGUAUGUAGCAGUAACUUCUGAAUCACAGGUCAUGAAAUAAAAUGUCUUACAAUCUCUAAACUAGGGUUACAUCAAAUCAAAAGUGUUCAUCAGUGGUACACUGUUGUUUGGGAGAUGUGUUGAAACACAUUCACAUCUACUGAUAAUUAAAUGACAACAAGUAUUGUGGUAUGAUACUGUAUUCGCCACGUGUGUAGGGAAGCCCAUCCCUGCCAGUACAAAAAAGAUAAAACUUGAAGCCUUGAUAAAAACAAUAUUCCCAUGGUAAGUCAUUUUUAUUAGACAAGAAUGAGAUUUAAAAAAAAGGUAAAACUACCAAAUAAAAAUUAAUUUAUCAUAAUUACAACCUUUUAUUUAUUUCGUAUUAAUGACUUCUAUUUAAUAUUUUUGACAUUUUAUUUUCAUAAUUAUGACUUUUUCUCUUAAAUCUCAAAUUAAUGACUUCUAUCUAAUAUUAUUGACUUUUUAAAUCUAAUAACUAAUUGUAUAAUUUCAUGAUAAAGUACUUUAUGUCUCAUAAUUUUGAUUUACCGUGGGAAUAUUUUUUUUUGUCAGCCUUAGUUUUAACUGGCAUUAAUGGGCUUCCAUGCACGUUUGAUGGCGACAUUGAAUAAUAACACUAACUGAAUUGUAUUUAUUGCGAUGGCUAACGCACAAAAAGUGUCUUAUUGUAUGUAUCGUAUUUGUUUCUAAUUGUUUUAAAUCAUGUGUAUAUAUUGUAGAAUCUUCAGUUACCACAUCAUGAUCAACUGUUACAGCACAGUGUAUGUGCCUAUAAAUGUUCUGUCAGUGUUUGUGCAGCUGCUUUUUUCCUCUUGAUGUGUGCGCGAUCUCAAGGAAGCACUUUUCAAUAUUUGAACUUAGCAGCGUUUUUCUUUUGCACUUUGGCAGUCAGGCUUCUUUUUAACGAUUGCUUGUAUUCUGUGUGGCUCUCUGUUACAUGUAAAUAUCCUGUGUUAGGGUGUGUAUGGUUUCUGUUAUUUUGGGUUUUUCGUCAUCCUGUUUCAUCUACUGUAUGUUACAUCCACUGAUUUGUCUUGCACUGUUACUGUGAUAUAUGCCACUAUAUUUCCUAAAUGCAUACAGAAGUGAGAAGAAAGUAAGCCGAGUGUCAUAUUAUUUUCUAUGUUAAUAUCCUCUUUUCUCCUGCUGUAAUAUGAGUGACACUUGCUUUGAAAAACUAAAAAGGAAAAUAAAGAACUCCUUCUUUUAA